GCCCUCUGCGCGCUGCGCCCGAAGCGGCGGUCGGUAGCGGAGGUGGUGGCGGCGGUGACGGUUUUGUGGCGGCCGCGCGCUGCUCUCUGAGCGGCGGGUGGCAGACGGGCCUAGGCCCUCACUCCUGACACUUCCCGUCCCCCACCGCAUCGCGCUUUCUGAAGAUUUCGAAGAUGUUUAAUAAGUCAUUUGGAACACCCUUUGGGGGUGGCACCGGUGGCUUUGGCACAGCUUCAACAUUUGGGCAGAAUACUGGUUUUGGCACUACUAGUGGAGGGGCAUUUGGAACAUCUGCAUUUGGUUCUAGCAACAAUACCGGAGGCCUGUUUGGAAAUUCACAGACCAAACCAGGAGGCUUAUUUGGUACCAAUUCAUUUAGCCAGCCAGCUACCUCCACAAGCAGUGGCUUUGGGUUUGGCACAUCAACAGGAACAUCAAACAGCUUGUUUGGAACUGCAAGCACAGGGACCAGUCUCUUCUCAUCCCAAAACAAUGCCUUUGCACAAAAUAAACCAACAGGCUUUGGGAAUUUUGGAACAAGUACCAGCAGCGGGGGACUUUUUGGAACUACAAAUACCACCUCUAAUCCUUUUGGUAGCACAUCUGGCUCCCUCUUUGGGCCAAGUAGUUUUACAGCUGCUCCUACUGGGACUACUAUUAAGUUUAACCCUCCAACUGGUACAGAUACUAUGGUUAAAGCUGGAGUUAGCACUAACAUCAGUACCAAGCACCAGUGUAUUACUGCUAUGAAAGAAUAUGAAAGCAAGUCCCUAGAGGAGCUUCGUUUAGAGGAUUAUCAGGCCAACCGGAAAGGCCCGCAGAACCAGGUGGGAGCAGGUACCACGACUGGCUUGUUUGGGUCUUCUCCAGCCACCUCCAGUGCAACAGGACUCUUCAGUUCUUCCACUACAAAUUCAGGCUUUGCCUAUGGUCAGAACAAAACAGGCUUUGGAACUAGUACGACUGGAUUUGGAACAAAUCCAGGUGGUCUUUUUGGCCAACAGAAUCAGCAGGCUACCAGCCUCUUCAGCAAACCAUUUGCCCAGGCCAUAACCACCCAGACCACUGGCUUUUCCUUUGGUAAUACCAACACACUAGGACAGCCAAGCACCAACACCAUGGGUUUAUUUGGAGUAACCCAAGCCUCACAGCCGGGAGGUCUUUUUGGGACAGCUACAAACACCAGCACUGGGACAGCAUUUGGAACGGGAACAGGUCUCUUUGGGCAGACCAGUACUGGAUUUGGUGCUGUUGGUUCGACCCUGUUUGGCAAUAACAAGCUUACUACAUUUGGAACCAGCACAACCAGUGCUCCUUCGUUUGGUACAACCAGUGGCGGGCUCUUUGGUAACAAACCAACCCUGACUUUAGGAACCAAUACAAACACUUCCAAUUUUGGGUUUGGCACAAAUACCAGUGGGAAUAGUAUUUUUGGAAGUAAACCAGGACCUGGAACUCUGGGAGCCGGGCUUGGUGCAGGAUUUGGAACAGCUCUUGGUGCUGGACAAGCAUCUUUAUUUGGGAACAACCAACCUAAGAUCGGAGGGCCUCUUGGUACAGGAGCCUUUGGGGCCCCUGGAUUUAAUACUACGACAGCCACUUUGGGCUUUGGAGCCCCCCAGGCCCCAGUAGCUUUGACAGAUCCAAAUGCUUCUGCUGCCCAGCAGGCUGUUCUCCAACAGCACAUCAAUAGUCUGACAUACUCACCUUUUGGAGACUCUCCUCUCUUCCGGAAUCCCAUGUCAGACCCGAAGAAGAAAGAAGAGAGAUUGAAACCGACAAAUCCAGCAGCCCAGAAGGCUCUCACAACACCUACGCAUUAUAAACUGACACCCCGCCCUGCCACCAGAGUCCGACCGAAGGCUUUACAAACAACAGGCACAGCCAAGUCACACCUCUUCGAUGGGCUAGAUGACGAUGAACCAUCCUUAGCCAAUGGAGCAUUCAUGCCCAAGAAGAGCAUUAAGAAGUUGGUUUUGAAAAACCUUAACAAUAGCAAUCUCUUCUCUCCUGUUAAUCGUGAUUCAGAAGAUCUAGCUUCACCAUCUGAUUAUCCAGAAAAUGGAGAGAGAUUCAGUUUUCUGAGCAAACCAGUCGAUGAAAACCAUCAGCAGGAUGGAGAUGAUGAUUCUCUUGUGUCACGUUUUUAUACUAACCCUAUUGCCAAACCCAUUCCUCAAACCCCAGAGAGUGCUGGAAAUAAACAUAACAGCAGCAACAGUGUGGAUGAUACCAUUGUUGCGUUAAACAUGCAUGCUGCCUUGCGAAAUGGGCUGGAAGGAAGCAGUGAAGAGACCUCUUUUCAUGAGGAGUCACUUCAGGAUGACCGAGAAGAAAUAGAAAAUAAUACUUACCAUAUGCAUCCAGCAGGCAUCGUUCUCACUAAGGUUGGCUACUAUACUAUUCCAUCCAUGGAUGACCUAGCUAAAAUUACCAAUGAAAAAGGAGAGUGCAUUGUCUCUGACUUCACUAUUGGUCGUAAAGGUUAUGGUUCAAUCUAUUUUGAAGGAGAUGUGAAUUUGACAAAUCUAAAUUUAGAUGACAUUGUGCAUAUCCGAAGGAAAGAAGUGAUUGUUUACUUAGAUGAUAACCAAAAACCACCUGUGGGUGAAGGGCUAAAUAGGAAGGCUGAAGUUACAUUGGAUGGAGUUUGGCCAACAGAUAAAACAUCUCGUUGUUUAAUAAAGAGCCCAGAUCGACUUGCUGAUAUCAACUAUGAGGGAAGAUUGGAAGCAGUUUCAAGGAAACAGGGAGCUCAGUUCAAAGAGUACCGUCCUGAAACUGGUUCUUGGGUAUUUAAGGUCUCUCAUUUUUCUAAGUAUGGCCUUCAGGAUUCUGAUGAAGAGGAGGAGGAACGGCCAUCCAAAACUAGUACAAAGAAGUUGAAGACUGCCCCUUUACCUCCUGCAGGCCAGGCCACCCCAUUCCAGAUGGCUCUUAAUGGCAAACCAGCACCUCCGCCCCAGAGCCAGAGCCCAGAGGUGGAGCAGUUAGGGAGGGUUGUGGAACUGGACAGUGACAUGAUAGAUAUCACCCAGGAGCCAGUUUUGGAUUCCAUGUUAGAAGAGAGCGUGCCUGAGGAUCAGGAACCUGUGUCUGCCUCAACACACAUUGCGUCUUCACUGGGAAUUAAUCCACAUGUCUUACAGAUCAUGAAAGCAUCAUUGCUUGCUGAUGAAGAAGAUGUAGAUAUGGUCCUGGAUCAACGCUUCAGUCGCCUUCCUUCUAAAGCAGAUACGUCUCAAGAAAUCUGUUCUCCCAGGCUCCCCAUUUCAGCAACUCACUCAUCAAAAUCCCGUUCAUUAGUAGGUGGGUUACUACAAUCAAAAUUUGCAAGUGGAACUUUUCUUUCACCAAGUGCCUCUUUACAAGAGUGUCGCACUCCCAGAACAUCGUCAUUGAUGAAUAUUCCAUCCACAUCCCCUUGGUCUGUCCCUCCACCCCUGACCUCUGUGUUUACGGUGCCCAGCCCAGCACCUGAGGUUCAGUUGAAAACAGUGGGUACACGCAGACAACCAGGCCUAGUCCCUCUUGAAAAGUCUGUCACCUAUGGAAAGGGGAAACUCCUGAUGGACCUGGCCCUGUUUAUGGGACGCUCAUUUCGGGUUGGUUGGGGCCCUAACUGGACUCUUGCUAAUAGUGGAGAACAGCUGAGUGGCCCUCAGGAACUGGAAAAUCAUCAGAUUGCUGAUUCUAUGGAAUAUGGAUUCCUGCCUAAUCCAGUAGCUGUUAAAUCCCUAACUGAGUCUCCAUUCAAAGUUCAUUUGGAAAAACUCAGUUUGAGGCAAAAGAAGCUGGAUGAAGACCUGCAAUUAUACCAGACAUCUCUGGAGCUUAAAUUAAAACAUAGCACUGUCCAUGUGGAUGAGCUGUGUCCUCUCAUUGUCCCCAAUCCGGGAGUUGCUAUCAUUCAUGACUAUGCAGAUUGGGUUAAGGAAGCAUCAGGAGACUUACUGGAACCACAAAUUGUGAAGCACUGGAGCCUAACGUGGACAUUAUGUGAAGCUCUAUGGGGCCACCUGAAGGAGCUUGACAGCCAGCUGGAUGAGCCCACUGAAUACAUUCAGAUUCUGGAGCGAAGAAGAGCUUUCUCUCGCUGGCUGUCCCAUACAGCUGCACCUCGAAUUGAGGAGGAAGUCUCCCUAACCCGAAAAGACAACCCUGUGGAGGCUGUCUUCAGCUACCUCACGGGCAAGAGGAUCAGUGAGGCCUGCUCCCUGGCCCAGCAGUCAGGUGAUCAUCGUCUUGCCCUUCUUUUAUCCCAGUUGGUUGGCAGCCAGUCGGUCCGGGAGCUGCUUACUAUGCAGCUGGUAGAUUGGCAUCAGCUCCAGGCUGACUGUUUCAUCCAGGAGGAGAGACUGCGUAUCUUUGCCCUCUUGGCUGGAAAACCGGUAUGGCAGCUCUCAGAGCAGAAGCAAAUCAAUGUAUGCUCACAGUUGGAUUGGAAAAGGUCCCUGGCUAUCCAUCUUUGGUAUUUGCUCCCACCAACAGCCUCCAUUUCCAAGGCACUCAGCAUGUAUGAAGAAGCAUUUCAGAAUACCUCUGAGGGUGACAGAUAUGCCUGCUGCCCACUUCCCUCAUACCUGGAGGACUCUGGCUUUGUGGUAGAGGAGGAGCAAGACUCACAGAGACCUCUUCAAGAUGUCUGCUUUCACCUUCUAAAACUCUAUAGUGACAGACAUUAUGAUCUCAACCAGCUGCUGGAGCCUCGAAGCAUAACAGCAGAUCCUUUGGACUACCGUCUAAGCUGGCACUUGUGGGAGGUGCUACGGGCUCUUAACUACACCCAUCUCUCAGAGCAGUGUGAGGGUGUGCUGCAGGCCAGUUAUGCUGGCCAGCUGGAAAGUGAGGGGCUCUGGGAGUGGGCCAUCUUUGUCCUCCUGCACAUUGACAACUCAAGCAUGCGUGAGAAGGCUGUUCGAGAGCUGCUUACGCGGCACUGCCAACUGUUGGAGACCCCUGAAUCGUGGGCUAAGGAGAUUUUCCUGACGGAGAAGCUCUGUGUGCCUGCUGAGUGGAUUCAUGAGGCCAAAGCAGUGCGAGCACACAUGGAAUCCGACAGGCACUUGGAGGCCCUCUAUUUAUUUAAAGCGGGGCACUGGAACCGCUGCCACAAACUCGUCAUCCAGCACUUAGCUUCUGAUGCCAUUAUUAACGAGAACUAUGACUACCUGAAGGGGUUCUUGGAAGACCUGGCACCCCCGGAGCGCAGCAGCCUAAUCCAGGACUGGGAGACAUCUGGGCUUGUUUACCUGGACUACAUUCGGGUCAUCGAAAUGCUCCAUCAUAUACAGCAGGUGGAUUGCUCAGGUUAUGAGCUAGAGCAGUUACAUACCAAAGUGACCUCACUGUGCAACCGGAUAGAGCAGAUCCAGUGUUACAAUGCCAAGGAUCGCCUGGCUCAGUCAGACAUGGCCAAACGUGUAGCCAACCUGCUGCGGGUGGUACUGAGCCUUCAGCAUGCCCCUGAUGCAACCUCCGACUCAACGCCAGACCCUCAGCGAGUCCCUUUGCGCCUGUUGGCUCCCCACAUUGGCCGGCUCCCCAUGCCUGAGGACUAUGCCUUGGAGGAACUGCGCAGUCUCACACAGUCCUACCUGCGGGAACUGACUGUGGGGAGCCAGUGAGCCCCAGGCUCCGCGCACCACACUCACAUGCCGAUUCACACUCACUACGCAGAGGUCCCCUACGUUGAGUUGAUUGGCACCAUUUGCCAUUCUCUGGGUUGGCCAUGGAAUCCACCCUCCCUUCCUGCUGCCCAAGCAGCAACCUCCAGUUGUUCACGGCUUUCUUAAUACUAAACACAGCAUAAGGGCUUUUGGAACCCCCAAAAAAGGAUCCAAGUCUCUUUUUUACCAUCCUGAAGACUAUUCUUUUUUUUUUUU